AUGCCGUCUUUGGCGCGAGCCUCCCCAGAGAGCAGUUACCGCUCGACCCCAAGUGACGGAGCUUCAUACUCGACAUCAACGCCCAGCAACUCGCUCACCCAUCUUUGUCCGAAACCGAAGGCCGCUGGGUUCCUCAACCGGAGGGCCCGUUGCGAGGGCAAAGAAAGGCAACAGCAACCUACUGCAGAAUACAUGGGCAGGAAGAGCACAAGUAGCAGUGUGAUGAGCACUUCCACCGGCAGCACCAUGCCCCAUCCGCCUACUACGGACAGCAGCAAGAAGAGGGACUCUUUAUCAGGUUUACCACCGCCCUUGACCAAGGAAGAGUUUGAGGCUUUGCCGCUGGCAGUUCAAAGAAAGUACUUCUCUACGCUUGAACGCCUUCGCUUCGCACAAUCAUCAGGCUCGGUUGAAGGCAUCUUUGACCACUACGUAGAGAACGUGAAGCGGCGUCGGCCUCGCCAGGAACGGAGUGCUUCGGACCAUUUUGUCGGCAAGGUUAGGCGACGCCCACUUCGCCAGCCACAACCACAAACAUUCGAUGCCGACUCGCUUUCCUUUGUCAACAACCUACCGGAGAAGAUCAAGAAGCGCCAAUUUACCCGCGAGGAACAAGUAGUUCUUGCCAAACACUUGCGCGCCAGUGUUAUAUUGGACGCCGCCGAUGAGGCUGUCUACAAGGUUGGGCGGCGAGCUAGCAAGACCUUCACCUCGGACGUCGAUACUCUCACCUCUUCCUCAUUGGAUUCGCCAUUGGCGUCACCCUUGAGUUUCGAUACCAUAACGCCCUCGACAAUUGACCCCAUGGAUCGUCAUAUUCCCCACUCGGCUGGCGUAUCCACGCCGUCAUCCGAGGCGUCGCCCAGCAUACCAGACUCGUUUUAUGAUAGCUUCCGCUGGAUGGAAGAUGAGGACGAUCUCGACCUGCGACUCUCGAUGGAUUACUAUCAUGCCAACCUGCGGGACGCAUUACCAUCAUCCAAACAUGACCGCCGUCCUUCCUUCCGUCGGCACCUUUCGAUUACGAAACUCCCCUUUGGACGAUCGUCAACAUCAUUAUCACGGCCCAUGACCAAGGAUGCGGCGAGCACACCGACUAGCCCUAUUCACAGCCCCAAAGGAUUCGGAAAUUCUUCAGCACCCAUCUCAAGCAGAAGAUCGAGGACUAUGUCCUUGAUAUCUUCGAGGCAAGCCCAACAUGAUUUGUCUUCACCCGUUGAUCAAGCCGCCGCGCAUUACCAGGACCCCGAAGCUCGAUUGAAACUUAGGGUCUACCUUGCAUCACCACAAAAGUUUGACGAGGCGAUCGAGUUUGGUUUUCCUUCUGUUGACGCCCGCCCGGUAGCUAGUGAAGGCCUCCAGGAUGCGCCUCAAAAGCUCAAAAACCGGCAGUCCCAGCAGGCUCUGACUGGAUCCACCAAGGGCCUAGAAACCUUUUUUGCAGAAGACGACGAGGACGACGACGAUGAGAAGCUCUCUGACAGCGAGCAAGGUUCGCUUGGUGAGCCGGAUUCGCCUAAGACGCCGCUUGCGACUGAAAAGCCGCAGAUACGACCUACACGGCUUCCACCCGACUCCUAUACCCAAAUCCCCGUCUCGUCCCGGGAGAUGACUCUACGAAUGACUCUGACUCGGCCAGACCUGAGAGCUUCCGAGGACCAGAUAUAUCGCUGGAAGCAAGGCCAACCACAGCAAGCAAAUAACCGUGCGCAAGCGUCGCAAACGGCGAUAUACCGGGAUGAUUUUACGACAUCAGUCUUGCUGGAUGCAGGACCGCAGGACGGCAUGGACAGGAGUCUGGGCGGUUUAGACCAUUGGGCACCUCCCGCGGACAACAAUGUCAUGAAACGGAUCUGGAACCGUGUCCGGCGGUCCUGA